CAGCCCGCACUCCCUUUCUCUCCCCCUCCCCUAACCCCUAGCUGAGCGGCGGCGGCGGCCGGCGGCCGGCGAGCGGUGAGGGCGCGAGGCGGCGCGGCGUGCGGCGCAGGAUCGAGGGAGGGCUCGGACUGCCGGCGGGGGGCAGGCGGACAGCGGCGCGACGUCGUCACGGCGAGUCGGCGACGGCGCGGGGCGGGGCAGCGGCCAGCGGCGGCGCCGGCACAGGGACUCUGGGAGGGAGCCGGGCAGGCGGGCAGCCGGCAGCCGACCAGCCGGGGAGAGGAGGGAUUGAAGAUUCGAAUUUCGAAGUAUUGAACCAUUGACUCAUUGAGGUAUUAAAGGCAGCAUCUUUACCAAGGUGCUAAUCAGUCACAUGCAUAACCAUGACUUCUGAAGACGGAGACAUUUCAGCUCUGCUCUCUGAACCAAGUAUUCCUGAAGAGCAGCCUGAGGCAUCUGAAUUCGAUGACGUCGUCCCUGCAAUUUUGGAAUCAAUUAAAUCAAGUGAGAAGGCAUUCAAACCUUCACCGGAGGAGGCUGCUUGGGCUGAUUCUUGUUUUGUGCAGACAUCUGAGCUUUCGGAUAGUGACUGGGGAGCAAUGAAGCAUGCCCUGCUUAAUGCUCUUGAAAAGCCAACAGAAAUACCCAACAAUACUUCUGAAAUUGUGCACGAAGAAGGUUCCCAUGCAAUUUUAGAGGUCAAACCUCACUCUCUCCCUGCUGAAAUUGUUUCUCAGCAUGAUGACAUGCAAAUGGAGCAAAAAGAAAAUAAUGAUUAUGACACUGGUACUACUGAAGCUUCGGAAGUUGCUAAUGUAAUUAGGGGCACAAAUGAACAUGGUAAGCAAAUGGAUGGAUACACAGCCAGACCUGAAGAUGGCGAUGAGUUGUCUUCGUCUGAAGUUCUUGAGCAGACAGAGUCAAGAGAGACUAUCUUUAAGGUGUGGGAUCUGGACGUUCCGUUUUCUGAUGAGGAUGAGCUUGAACUCAUCAAGGAUCUGAAGAAACUCCUCAAGGACAAUCCUCAGGAGUCUGAAUUUCGACCUCCCAGUGGAACAGCCAAGACAUUGAGCCAGAUAGCCGUCGAUGAUCUAGUGGCAGACUUGAGCGACUUGUCAUUGCAGCAAACAGACGAGUAGCAACAUUCCCCCAAGAUAUUUCUGUGGCAAAAUUUUUUACCAUCCCCGAUGAACUAUUCUUCGUUCUCUAGCUAACAGUGCAGAUGGCUUAAGUGGAGGCUGUGCGUUUGUAAGAAUUAGAUUGACUGUUUCGCUGUUCUUUUGAAUCUCUACCUUUCUUAAUAGGUAGUUGUAGUAAAAAAGUUGUUCUUUUUUAUCUGCGUGUAUUAAACUAUAGGUCCUCAAACUUGCACGCUUGGUUUGUGCACGUCCCUGUACUGAUUACGCAUCCACAUAAUUUGGGUCCUUCUGGCUAUAGACAUGCCACUUGUAAGUUGACUUGUGC